AUGGAUCAUUACCUAAGCAUUGAAGAUGCUGUUAGAUUGGAAGAGCACAUUAAACAAGAAUUUGCAAAAUUGCAUCUGUUUCUCCAAGAUAAGGAACAGAAACUCAUCCAACAACUUAAGGAUGAAGAAGAACGUAUUCUAAAAGAAAUGGAAGAAAAUCUUCAUUGCAUAAAACAAGAAAUUAUUUCCUUCAACAUAGAAAUGUCUGAUAGGAACUUGAAACUCCAGAGUAAAGUAACAGAAGCAGCGACUUUGAAAGACAUGGAAGAAAAAUUUGAAUCAGCCAAAAGUGGUGAAAUGGCUAGACAGGAGACAUGUGGCAGUAAUUUGGAGCUCAGAGAACAGCAACCUCUUUGUAUCCUAACAGUACCGGAGACCUUUGAAGAUGUUGCUGUUACUUUCUCAGAAGAGGAGUGGGAGAUGCUAAGAAAACCAGAUAAGGAGAUGUACAAGGAAGUGAUGAUACAGAACUAUGAAACCUUAGUUUCAGUAGGAUACAAAAUCCCUCCAAGAGAGUUAUUACUACUAUUUAAAGCUGAUGAUGCACUGCCGAAUGUUGUAGAGGAAACAAAAACAUCAGAAGAGAAGGAUAAUCCUGAAGGCAACCUACAAAGUGUCAGCAGCACAGAAGAGAAUGCUAGUUACAAUCAGCAGUCAUUGGUUGGGAUGUCUCAGUUGCAUUACACUAAAGAGAACCUGCAGCCAUGUGCUGAGCCUGUGAAUGGAUAUGACAAGCUUCACCUCACUUCACCUCAUUUCAGAAUUCUCAGCAGUCUUCGACAGCAUGUGACCAUCCACAGCAGUGAGAAACUAUAUAAAUGCAUGGAAUGCAGUAAGAGUUUCAGAACUCUCUACAGUCUUAAACAGCAUAAGACCAUUCACUUGGGUGAGAAAGCAUAUAAAUGUGCAGAAUGCAGUAAGUAUUUCAGAACUGUCAGCUAUCUUCGACAGCAUGCUACCAUCCACAGCGGCGAGAAACCAUAUAAAUGCAUGGAAUGCAGUAAGAGUUUCAGAACUCUCUAUAGUCUUAAACAGCAUAAGAACAUUCACUUGGGUGAGAAACCAUAUAAAUGUGCAGAAUGCAGUAAGUAUUUCAGAACUCUCCGCUAUCUUCGACAGCAUGCUACCAUCCACAGCGGCGAGAAACCAUAUAAAUGCAUGGAAUGCAGUAAGAGUUUCAGAACUCUCUCCAUUCUCAAACAGCAUAAGACCAUUCAUCUCAGUCAGAAACCAUAUAAAUGUGCUGUAUGCAGUAAGUGUUUCAGAUCUCGCCACCAUUGUCGACGGCAUGAGACCAUCCACACAGGCAAGAAAUCAUAUAAAUGCAUGGAAUGCAAUAAGAGUUUCAGAACUCACCACGAGCUUCGACGGCACGAAAUCAUCCACACAGGCAAGAAACCAUAUAAAUGCAAGGAAUGCAAUAAGUGUUUCAGAACUCUCUACAAUCUUCAACAGCAUGAGACCAUUCACACAGGCAGGAAACCAUAUAAAUGCAUAGAAUGCAGUAAGAGUUUCAAAGCUCUCCGUUAUCUUCAACAGCAUGCUACCAUCCACAGCGGGGAGAAGCCAUAUAAAUGCAUAGAAUGCAGUAAGAGUUUCAGAACUCUCUCCAGUCUCAAACAGCAUAAGCCCAUUCAUCUCAGUCAGAAACCAUAUAAAUGUGCUGAAUGCAGUAAGUGUUUCAGAUCUCGCCGGCAUUGUCAACGGCAUGAGACCAUCCACACAGGCAAGAAAUCAUAUAAAUGCAUGGAAUGCAAUAAGAGUUUCAGAGCUCUCUACAAUCUGAAACAGCAUAAGCUCAUUCACCUUGGUGAGAAACCAUAUAAAUGUACUGAAUGCAAUAAGUGUUUCAGAUCUCGCCGCAAUUGUCAACAGCAUGAGACCAUCCACAUGGAUGAGAAACCAUGUAAAUGCACUGAGUGUGGUAAGUGUUUCAGACACAACAGCCUAUUAAAAAAACAUCAACUCUCUCACACAGGACUGAAGACUUGGUGAGUACCUUCGUGAGGUGGACCCAGUUUUCACAAAACAUCUCACCAAGAUGACACUGAUA